AGAAAGAAAGAGUCAGGACUUUGUUGCCAGAGGGAGUGUGCUGUGUUUUAAGGGGCUGAACACCUGCAUCAUGAACAGGAAACCCUUGUAAGCUGAUACAGUUUUGGGAAAGGACACCAUCCCAAACAACAUCAUCCUCUCUGCCCCUCCCUUCUGUAUCUGUAUGUGUGUGUGUUGAUUUUUGUAAGCUGAGAUGUGUUAUUGCAGUGCCACUAUCGGCUGCAGCAGGCUAUUUGCCGUAGAUAUUUCCGGAUACUGUUUCCUCUAGUGGGGGGUCUGUGCAGCUGGAGUUUUCGGAUGCACUUGCUCCUGCUCAAGGUGACUCGGAUAGCCCUGAUACACUGCAUAGUGAAGUGAAUCAUCACCCGGGAUCUUUGCUGUGGAGGUAGAGAGAUGGAACGUGGGUGGAUUGGGUUGUGAGGGCCUGGCAGGCCUAGAGUCAAGGCACUACUCCCUGAGAAACAGUCAAGGCAUGGGCUCGGUCUCACUUCAGGAGCCCCAAAAAGACAUGGAGGGAUAUUACAACCUUUUGCAGGCAGGCUCUGAGCUAGAGAGCACACUGCAAAAGGUUACAGUCCCUGUGAGUUUGCAGGAGGUGGCUGGCUAUAUUGAAAAACAAGUGGCCUAUUUAUCAGGGGGUCGUGGGGAGGAUUCUAGUGUCAUCAUUACUCUCCCAGAAUGCUCUGCUUUCAGUGACAUUCCCGAAGAAGCUCUGGCCAAAGUUCUCUCAUACCUCACAUUGAUCCCGAGAGCACGGCAACCUGGUGUAAAAUUUAUCAUAAUUUUAGAUCGAAGAUUGGAUACUUGGACCUCGAUCAAAACAGCACUUGCAAGGAUUGCGGCCUCAUUCCCAGGGAACCUGCACCUGGUGUUGGUGUUGAGACCCACCAGCUUCUUCCAGCGUACUGUCACUGAUCUCGGUUUCCGCUUUAGUCAAGAGGAUUUCAUGCUCAAAAUGCCUGUGGUGAUGCUCAGCUCUGUCACAGAUCUGCUGCGUUACAUUGAUGAGAACCAGUUGACCUCAGAGUUUGGGGGCACACUUGACUACUGCCACAGUGACUGGAUCAUCCUGAGAACAGCCAUUGAGAGUUUUGCCGUUAUGGUUAAGGACAUUGCUCAGAUGCUGCAGGCCUUUGGUACAGAGCUGGCUGAGACGCAGUUGUCAGAAGAGUGCAAUGCCAUUGAGUUACUACUGCUGUCCCACACUGAGAAAUACAGGAGGCUUAAGGAUUCCAUCAGAUCAGUAAUGAGGGAGGGACGACAACUGCUCCACAACCUAGAGACUUCUAGAAAGGAUGGGGACUCUGACACUCAUUGGGACAUAACCCAGGACUGGGAUACCAUGCAGAGGCUGCUGGCUCAGCUCACAGAUAUGGAGAUGGCUUUUGAUGGCUUCUUUGAUAAGCACCACCUCAAACUCCAGCAAUAUUUGCAGCUGUUGAGAUAUGAGCAUAGCUUUCAGGAGAUGGAAUGCUCUUUAGAAAAAUUAAGAGCUCAGGAAAGGAAGUUAAGCAUCACAGGAGAGUCACUGGCACAAACAGAGCAGACCAUCAAAGAGCUGGACAGUCUAGAAAAACGUGCACAGGAGGAGAUGAGUCGGGCUCAAGUUCUUAUGCUGCAUGGACAUCAGCUGGCUGCUGGGCAUCACUAUGCUAUGGCUCUGAUCAUACAACGCUGUAAUGAACUCAGACAUCAAUGUGACACACUGACCUCUGCCCUCAGUACUAAACGCAACAUACUGACACAAGCACAGACCUUACUGCGAUCUCUGGAAAAGGCUCAGUGCUGGUGUGAUGAAGGCACUUAUCUUUUGGCCAAUCAGCAGGUAGAUAAAUUUCAGUCUAAAGAGGGUGCUCAAACAGCACUUCGAGCUAUUGAGAAGUUCCAGGAGGGGACGCCACCUCUUCUCAGUGCAGGCGCUGAUGUGCUGUUUCUGGAGUAUGAAUCUGUGCUAACUCCUUACCUACAGGCUCAUAUUGAGAAGACAUUUGAAAAGCAUAGCUCUGUGCAGGCUCUGAUUCAAUCCAGACAGAACUGCCUGAGGAAACUGGCAGACAAACAUGUGCGACCAAUCCAACUGGUGGCCCCUCGACCAGAGACUCCACCACGCUCUAAAUCCCCCCUCUUCUCCCCCAAACAUGAUUUUAAUUCCAGUUUAAAGUUCACCUUUGACCUCCCACUGCCAGGCAAAAGAGCAUCAAGGAAAAGCCCUAUCUCCAGGAAGAUUGAAGUGAUUCAUGACUAUCAGACACCAAGCUGUCUGCCCUACAUUGUAGAUGGAGAGGACGGAACUGACCUCCUUAAACGACAUGUGAUAAAUGAGCUCAUAGAGACAGAAAGGAUCUAUGUGGAGGAGUUGCUGGCAGUGCUCCUGGGCUACAGGGCUGAAAUGGACAAUCCGUCUCUUGCUUCUCUCCUGCCAACAAGUCUUCGCAACAAGAAAGAUGUGCUGUUUGGAAACUUGCCUGAUAUCUUCAACUUUCAUAGCAGUGUCUUCCUCCAGGAUUUAGAGAGCUGUCUGGAGACCCCUGAGGCAGUAGGGGCAUGUUUUCUGGAACGGAAAGAGAAUUUCCAUUUAUAUGAAUGUUACUGUCAGAACAAACCUCGAUCGGAGUCCUUAUGGAGGCAGUUUUCUGAUUGUUCAUUUUUUCAGGAGUGCCAAAAGAAGCUGGAACACAAACUUGCUCUUGAUUCAUACCUGCUGAAACCAGUCCAGCGCCUUACAAAGUACCAGCUCCUAUUAAAGGAGCUUCUGAAGUACAGCUCAGGCUGUGAGAGGGUUUCUGAGCUGCAGGGGGCGCUAGCAGCCAUGCUGGACCUGCUUAAAUCUGUCAAUGACUCAAUGCACCAGAUUGCCAUUACUGGAUAUGAGGGAGAUCUGGGCGAUCUGGGCCGUGUGCUAAUGCAGGGCUCUUUCAGCGUGUGGAUUAGUUAUAAAAAGGGUCCGAACCGCGUGAAGGAGCUGGCGCGCUUCAAACCCAUGCAACGUCACCUGUUCCUGCAUGAGCACGCACUUCUCUUCUGCAAGCGCAGGGAGGAGCAUGGAGAGAAUGCUGACAAGACCCCCUCCUACAGUUUUAAGCACUGUCUGAAGAUGAGUGCAGUAGGCAUUACGGAAAACGUCAAAGGAGACGUCAAGAAGUUUGAGAUCUGGUACAGUGGCAGAGAGGAGGUCUAUGUGAUACAGGCACCCACAGUGGAGGUGAAGAUUACCUGGCUGAAUGAGAUCAGAAAGAUCCUCACCAACCAGCAGAAGCAACUAAAAGAGGAGUUGUGUCAUUCUACUGCAAUCUCAGAGCAAAAGCAGCUGUCUCCAUCCCUUUCUGUGAGCAAGCAGCAAAGAGCGUCAGUGAGCUCAGAGGGGACUGAGUCAGGACACAGUAGUCCAGACACGCUUAGUUGCUCUACCCAGCACCAGCGCAACAGACGCAGCUGGCCGGGUGCACCAUAUUCUGUAGAUAUCUGUGAAGGUCUGGACGACUGGAGUGGAGCAAACGUUCUCUCUCACCUGUCUGACACUGAAGAAGAGGACGCUGGUCAUCUGGUUCCAGGCAGAUACAGGGCAUUUGCCGAAUGGCAGAAAAACGGGCCAGAUAACUUGAUCGUUAAAUGUGGUGAUGUCAUACAACUGCAGCGUGAGGAAAAUGAUGGCCAGUGGCUGGUAAAGAAUCUGAGUCGCAGACAGGAAGGCCGAAUCCCAACCGCCAACCUCCAAGGCAUCCUGGGAGACAGCAAAAAGAAUCAGUCCACCUGGCUAGGAGACCCAGGCAAUCGAAAAGCACGGAAGCUGAGCUCACCAUAAAGGAAGUACCCAGUGGUGCCCUGGACCUACACAAAACACAUGGUGGCUCAGUGACUGCAUACUUGUGUGAUUCUUGGAUUUAGAUCUGGCCAGCAGACCGCACACCUUGCUUUCCAAAGCAGGACAACAUUCUAAAUAUAUCAGUGUUCUUCCAGAGUUCUUGUACUGGUCCUCACUGACAGAUGCUACCCAAAUGCAACACAAGUUGUUUUUAACCCUUCAAACUUGAGGACAGCAAUCUUACAAGUUAUGUCCACCAUCUCAAUGAGUGCUCUUGAAGAUUUGCCCUCUGAACUCACACUUCAGUCCUCCCAACUUGAAGCCUAGAAAAAAAAAUUACAUUUCUGAGAAUGUCCCAAUAGACUUCACUGUUCUUUUUAAUGAAUCAAGGCCAAUGAAAAAUCACUUGGUACUGUUUGUAAUGGAUUUCUAAAUUUUUUAAUUCACUCCUGAACAACUGAGUGCGUUUGUGCUGUUAUUUAUUUUGUACUGUUUUUGUAAUUGUAUUUAUUCUCAUCGAAUGGAGAAACAGCUCUCUGAAGUGCCCUGGGAUGCCAAACCAUGCAGUGCCAUAAUUGUUUACCAAUACUUGGGCUUUCAACUUAAUUUAAUGCAGAUUUUGUUCAGCAGUAUUUGAGUGCACUAGUUUCUUAUUACCUCAAAAAUUAUUCUCUAAAAGCACUUUAUUCAGGUCACAUGACAUUUGUUGUGGCCUUUUGCAUCUUUCCAGUUUUAAACCAGUUGAAUUUUGCAUGCCGUUAAAUCUUACCUUUCUUCAAUUGAUCAUGCAGAAUGAUGCAGAAUCUGAUUGCAAAUAAAACUGAAUACUGAUUGAGUCAUAAGGGAUUAAACAGGAACCAUUUUCAGUGUUGUUCACACUAGCAUAUUUGUGUUUUUAUUGUCACAGUCGUGCUGCAUGAGCAGCUGCAAAACCAUGUUAAUGGAGGUUUCUUAUUAAGGGAGAUCAUACAGCAAACAUUAAAUAUACCCACUGUUUUGAAUGUUAAAUUAAAUAUUAAUUGCAGGCUAAUAUGAAUUUACUACAUAAAAUCAAGCCUUCGGUUGAAGGAAGUGUAGGUCUCUGCAGAACAGUAAUAGGUGUUUCCAAACCAGGAUGGGCGUUUCUAAACUAACCAAGAAAAGUAGGGAAUCUCAAUGGUUUGAAAAUGCCCACUGAUUGGAAAAAGCCAAUUUUUUGUUCUGCAGAGAUUUAAGUCUUGGUUGGAGGGCUGACUUUGAUAUACCAGCGUUUGAAGUGGAAAUGAGCUGUGCAUACCAGCAGGGGACGCUCCAUAUCUCUUAUGGUAUUAAUUCAUUAUUUCUUUGCUAUCAAGUGUGUGAGCGUUAAGCUUCAGCCAGCCACCAAAAAUAAUGUCUCAUACAUAUUAAAAUGUAAAAUACACUACGACUGAUUAUACCUUAAUAUAACCUGUGCUGUUUUUUACCUGGACCAUAUGUACUGUCAGCUUUGCAUAUUAAUAAUGGCUUCUUCAUGUUAAUGUAUCUAAAGGAAAUUAAUUGUGGGUUUUUAUUUUUAUUUAUUUUAUUUUUUAUUUUUUUUGUGCUGGCAUUUAAAUUAUCCCUAUGAUGGAAUGUACACCUAUUGACUAUAUUGAAACUGUAACAAUGUUGUAUGUUUAAAUUUGUACAGCCUAUUGAA